AUGAUUCUGAAACUUUUCUCCUUUGGAAUUCUCUAUUUAAGUAGCAUUAUAAUACUACAAGUUUAUAGUAUUCCAACAGGUGUUGUCGUUGAUACCAAUGAUCAAUAUGAUGAUUUGCUACCGCAUGAAGUGAAAAACUUUGUGAACAGUUUCACUGCGGAAGAAAAAGCUGAGCUUAAAAAGUUUGCUGAAUUGAAUUCAGCAAAUUUUACAAUUUUUGAUACACAAUCUUUCAAUUUUCUGAAGGAAGAAGCUAGUGGACUUUUUAACAAAUUAACUGUCUUGAGGGACGUUAUUGAUGCUAAAUUGAGUGGUGUAGAACCAGAAAGUCGUACCUUCAUCGAUAAUGCUAUACAACGACUUCUGAAAGCUUUUAGUGAGGAUGGAUUGAUAAGUAUAUCGAAUUCGUUAAAAACAUUUGGAAAAGAAACGAUUAAGAAUUUUGACAAACUAUCGAAGAAUGCACAAAACGAGUUUAUCAAAGCCUUUCCAAAUAUUGCAUCAUACGCAACCAGUGACAUUGCUCGUUUGAUAUUCAAUAGAUUAGCCGAUCUUGAUUUAUUUUCUAAAAAUUGGACAAUAAGACCAACAAAUGAGUUAGAUUCUGACCAUAUUAAUACAGAUUCUACUGAGGAUUCUCUAAAGCAUCAAUCACCUUACCCAGUUAUCACUGAACCUGAUGAUUCUGAUUCUCCAGCAACUAUGCAUCCGACGAUUAAUGAUGAUAACAGUACUAACGUCGAUGAACCACUGUUCAUUAAAAAAGAAGCUCAUAUCGAAUAA